GGGACCCCCACCAGCCAGCCCGUUGAAUUUCACGCGUCCCCACAGCAGCUCGGCCCUCAGCAUUCAACCCGAACCUCAGCACGCAGCACCGCAGGGACGCAGCAUCACAGCCUUGUCUCCAUCGACCACCGACCACCGGCCCCCGAACCCCCGACCCCCUCCUCGUCCUUCUCUCCGCUCGAAUUCCGACACGAUGGAUAUCCGCCUCCUCCGGUCGUCCGACAUCCCGCUGAUCCAGCACGCCAACCUCGAGAACCUGCCCGAGAACUACUUCCUCAAGUACUACCUGUACCACGCCCUCUCGUGGCCGCAGCUGUCGUACGUCGCCGUCGACGUGUCGCGCCCGCCCAAGACCCCCUACGACUACCCCAAGAUCGUCGGCUAUGUGCUCGCCAAGAUGGAGGAGGAGCCGGCCGACGGCGUGCAGCACGGCCACAUCACGUCGCUGUCCGUGAUGCGCACCCACCGCCGCCUGGGCAUCGCCGAGAAGCUGAUGCGCCAGAGCCAACAAGCCAUGGUCGAGACCUUCGGCGGGCACUACGUGUCCCUGCACGUGCGCGUGUCCAACAAGGCCGCCAUCCACCUGUACCGCGACACGCUCGGGUUCAAGACGGAAAAGACGGAGAGCAAAUACUACGCCGACGGCGAGGACGCUUUCUGCAUGAAGCUGGAGCUCGACUUCAUCCGCGAGCAGCUCCGCGAGGAGGAGGACGAGGGCAAGGACAAGAAGAAGAAGGCUCUCAAGGAGGGGGAGGAGGGCGAGGGCGAGGAUGUGGACGAGGGUGAGGCCGUGGGCGAUGUGGGAAGGGACCCGGCCAAGGGGAGUAAGGCCGACCAGAAGAUCAAAGUCAAGGUUGGGCGGGGCCUUGGUGUAGGCGAGCUGAUAGAGAAGGACGAGAGUAAACACUAGAUGGUUGCACGGCGUUGAGGAAAUAAAAGUCGGUUUGUUGUUGGCAUAUUUCGGGCUAUAGGAGACCAGGCCGCCAUCAAUGUAGGGCGCAUAGCAAGGUGUUUUUGUUAUAAGUAAACUCGAAAUGAGACGGGAUUACGCUAGUCGACUAACGCACGCUAUACAUAUGUAUUCUCGGUAUACAACCCCUCAAACCUCCGAUCAAACCCCCAUCCAUCCACCUACCGCCUAACAGCCCUCUCCUCCUCCUCAGCCAACUCCCUCGCAAACUCCUCGUCCGCCUCCGUCCUCAACCUCUCCAUCACCCUCGCCAGCUCGUCAAUCUCCCUCUCCACCGCCAACGCCUCCGUCUCCAUCUUCCCCAUCCCCUUCU